AUGGCGACACAUCACAAUGUACUCGACGAAGAUAAAGUAACAAAACUGUUAGGAUUACGCUGGCAACCAGAAAUGGACAUAAUGACAUUUGCAGAAAGACCGAUAGACACAAACCCGAUUACGACCAAACGUUAUAUUUUACAAAGUACAUCACGAAUAUAUGACCCUCUCGGCAUACUCAGUCCAGUUACCGUAAGAGCCAAGUUACUACUCCAAGAUAUUUGGAAAGAACAUUUCACUUGGGAUACACCACUGCCUAUUACUUAUCAACGGAGAUGGUUGAACAUAGCGGCAGAUUUGAAUACUUCAGUGAAAACACAGUUUUAUAGACAUUAUUUUACAGAUGUAGACGACAAAUCAGUACCUUGUUUACACGUAUUCGUCGAUGCUAGUACACAGUCAUACGGUGCUACAGUUUACAUCAGCAAAGGCGUAAUUUCAACCUUAGUAAUGGCAAAGAACAGAGUUGCGCCAGUUAAAACACUCACUCUACCAAAGCUUGAACUCAUGGCAGCCGUCAUAGAAGCCAGAUUAUCACAGCAUUUACAGUCAGCACUAGGAAUACAGGAGAUAUGCUAUUGGACUGAUAGCCAAAUUGUACUACAUUGGCAAAUUAACACAGAAAACAACAACCGAUUUGUGAGAACACGUGUAUCAGAAAUCACAGCUUUAACCGGAAAUCAGAAUUGGAGAUACUGUCCAACCCAAGAGAAUCCGGCAGAUUUAUUGACCCGUGGAAUUUCUGCCAAACAAUAUCAAGAAAGUAAUUUAUGGUUUAAUGGACCAUCGUGGAUCACCCAGAAGUCUCAGUGGCCGACAUGGAACAUUAGAGUCUCAACCGUAUUAUCUACUUCAGCAGACGACAAAACCGGAAGUCGAACCAACGAAGAAUCUCCAACCCACAUGACGAGAAAAAAUAGUUUUGCAAUCCAAGAUGUGAUUGAAUGUCAACAGAAUUUCUACAGUAAAGAAAUAUCUAAUCUACAAUCCGGAAAAUCACGGUUAGCGGUUGUUAGACAGUUACGUCUUUACCUAGAUUCAGAUGGUUAUAUCAGAUGUGGAGGCAGAAUACACAACGCACCCCUGGACGAAAAUACCCGGUUUCCGAUUCUCUUACCAGCAAAACAUCACCUGACAAAACUUAUCAUAUUUGAUGCGCACGAGAAACAGUUACAUUCAGGUACAAGUGCAACUAUCUGCCACCUACAACAGAAAUAUUGGAUUCCAAUAAUACGUCAAUGUGUAAAAUCACUACUUAGAAAAUGCACAAUAUGCCGUAAAAUCAACUCCAAACCCUACCUUGCUCCAGAUCCACCGCCAUUACCAACAUACAGAGUGAAAAAUUCAUCACCUUUUGCUGUGACAGGGAUUGACUUCAGUGGAGCACUUUACGUCCGAGGAGAGUCCGGCCGAGAGUCCAAGACAUAUCAAAGUCUGAAGUAUGACGCUCAAUUAGCGAAGAGAAUUUAUUCCAACAAGAUGGGAAAGGAUGGAAGACCGGGAAUUGAUACCUCCAAAUGGCUAGUGAACCUCUCGGACAAGAAAUUAGAGGCGGAAGAGCAUUUCGUUCUCCAAAAUGGUAUGAAUUUAGCGUCACCCAACCCACUAUUCCGUUGA